UGUGUGACAUAUCUGACACACUCUCCUGCAAUAAACAACAGCUGAUAAUUUAUUGCUUUUAUAAAAUUUGCAACGCACAAAUCGCAGGGAAUAAAAACAAUAGUGAGCCACAAUGACGGAUGAAGCACAAAUUCCCGAGCAAAUAUUAAAUAAUAAAAAUAAGCAUAGCGUGAGAUGUGAUUACUGUUUUUCGUUAAUGUUGAAACCACAACUUGGGGAAUAUGUCGAGCAUGAGUUUGAAUUGCCGCUAAUGCAACAGAAACAUCGAAAAAACAAUGAAAGUAUAGAAACGGAAUUAAUGAAAAACUUCUGGUGCAUCGAUGAUAUAUUCACUUUUGAGAAUAUUGGCUUUUCUAACACAGUGGAUAAUCGAAAAUUCUUGAUAUGCGCUGACUGUGAGAUGGGACCGGUAGGCUAUCAUGAAGUAGCGAAUAAAAAAUGUUACGUUGCACUGAAACGUGUUAGACAUGGCAGUGAACCGGAUGCAGUAAUGGAACCAGUAACCGACGAUGAGGAGAAUGAUGCAUAAAACAUAAUGACUACAGCAUGCAUGCAUGUAUAGAUGUAACAUAAAUUAAUUGCCAAUAACGAAUAGGAGCACUAAUGCCUUGAAUGUGAAAAAACAAGCGAAAUUAAUCCUGUAGCUAUAUUCUUUUCUUAACAAUGUGUAUUUUUGCUACUUCCACUAAAUUUAUUUCAUACAUUUUUGUAGCAUUUUGGUUAAAUAUAAAGAAGUUGAAGCAAUUACAUAUUACGUACAUAAGUUUGUACUUUUAAAAUAAUUAGUAUUUAUAUAAUUUUGUAUGUAUACUAAAUAAAUAUUUUUUAAAAUAA